GCUCUACUGAGCCAAAAGGUAACAGAAGAGGAGAUUCAAACCAUAAAAAGGCUCAGCAUGGGUCUGUUGGGCCAACAGAUGAUAGAACAGAUUCAGACCAUCAAACGGUAAAUUAUCAUUUUGAGAAUUUUUAAGGUUUAGAAAGAGAAGAAUCCAAAAUUACGUAAAAUCCAGAGAGACUAUAACAUUGGCCGCAAGGAUAGAGUCAAAAUGUGCAAAAAGGGAGUAAACUUACCUGAUUUAAAUUUUGUGCACAAUCCAAACAAGCUUCUUUGUCCAGUGUUGCACUUCUAGGGAGAAAAUAAAAUAAGCAACCAGAUUUAAAUCAAGUGCAUUUUUCAUCUUUUUAUAGGAGCAGUCAUGGAAGUUUUUGAAGAAGCUUAUUUACCCUCCCUGGCCACUCUAGAUACAUAUGAAAUAUACAGUUAGGUCCAUGUAUAUUUGGACACUGACACAAGUUUUUUGGGUUUUUUUACCUGUUUACUGAAACAUAUUCCAUCUAUAGUUAUAUAAUGAACAUGGACAUAAUGUGUUGACUCAGGUUUCAUUUGAGGGUAUCCACAUUUAAAUUGGAUGAAGGGUUUUAGGAGUUUCAGAUCCUUAAUAUGUCCCACCCUCUUUUUAAAAGAACCAAAAGUAAUUUGACAAUUGACUCAAAGGUUAUUUCAUAUGCAGGUGUGGGCAAUUCUUUCAUUAUGUCAUUAAUGUCAAUUAAGCAGAUGAAAGGCCUGGAGUUGAUUUGUGGUGUGAUGCUUGCAUUUGGAAGAUUUUUCUGUGAGGAGACAACAUGCGGUCAAAGGAGCUCUCCAUGCAGUUGAAACAAGCCAUCUGUAAGCUGCAAAAACAGAAACAACCCAUUCGAGCAAUGGCUACAAUAGUUGGAGUGGCAAAAUCUACAGUGUGGUACAUCUUGAGAAAGAAAGAAAGCACUGAUGAACUCAGCAACGCAAAAAAAAACCUAUACGGCUACAGAAGACAACAGCGGUGGAUGAUCACAGAAUCAUUUCCAUGGUGACGAGAAACUCCUUCACAACAGCCAACCAAGUGAACAACACUCUCCAGGAGGCCAGUCAUGUGUCUGCUGGGCCUACAGAUGACAGAAGAGGAGAUUCAGAGCAUGUAAUGCAUAUUGCGAGAGAUAACACAGUCUACAAUGACGGGGACACAGAUUCUUACUCAUCUGAUUCUGACGAAGAUGAAGAUCCUACGGCCAGUCAUCUGUCAGCCGGGAAAGCAGAAACCAAAAAGCACGAAGGACCAACGAGCUGUGCUUCAUCUGAUGAUGAAACUACAGAAGAAGAUCCAACAGAGCAGUUUUUCUGUGGAGAGAAGAAGAUAUAUGCUGGUUCCUCAGUCACAAUGGGAGCCCUCCUCCUGCUCCUCCUGGCGUUCAUUUUGAAGCACGGCUUGUCAAAAGCAGCAGCCAGAGAUCUCCUGCACCUCCUAAACUUGGUGGUACCCGGAUGUGUUCCAAAGUCGCUUCGCUUUUUAAAAAAGCAUUCGACUGAUUACAAUGGAAAGACUGAGAUUCACUUUUAUUGCCCCAGGUGUACAAACUACCUUGGUGUGGAUCCCGGUAAUGAGUGUAGCGUGUGCCAGCAGAGCUUGAACAGAAAAUAUCUGAUCUUGAAGGCUUACUACUUCCUUGUAAUGCCGCUAGAAAUUCAGCUAAGAAACCUCCUUGCACGCGUCCACUCAAAGCUUGGGAAGCAUUUCACGAGGGAUGAUUCCUUUUCUGAUGUCCACACUGGAAAUGAAUACAAGAGUGAAAGACAAGAUGGCAGUAUUACACUCACCUUCAACUGCGAUGGCUCGCCCGUCUUCAGCUCCGCAAAAUACUCCAUCUGGCCCAUCCUGUGUACCAUCAAUGAACUACCGUACUUGGAACGGUGCAAAAACGUUCUGUUGCACACUUUAUGGUUUGGCAAAGGAAAACCACAAGUUCAGAGUUUUUUGACUCCGUUCAUUAACGAGCUUCAGAAACUGUCUACUGCAGGGUUCUGUUGGAGAGAUGAGAUCGGCUCGGAGCAUCACACCACAGUAACAGUUAAAAUAUGCACAUGUGAUGCGAUAGCAAGAGCAAUGGUGCAGAACUUUGAGCCGUUUAACAAAGAAUUUGGUUGUGGUUUUUGCUACCACAAAGGUGAGAUGGUUAUAAAGGGCAGGGCUUUUACCAGAGUUUACCCGAUACAGAUGGACGGCUGUGAUCUGAGACACAUGCCUGAAACAGUGCAACUUGCUGAGUUAGUGAUGGGAAAUAGUUAUGACCAGAGUCAAAUGGGGGUUAAAGGUCCAAGUCUCCUGUUUCUUUUGCCGUCAUUUGACAUUAUCAAAGGCUUUGUUCCAGAUUACAUGCACUGUUUUUGUCUGGGCGUUGUCCGUCAGUUUGUCAAUCUGUGGUUCGACCCGCUUUAUGCCAGCAAGGACUUCCAUUUGACAGAUGAGCAUUUAAACGAUCUGGACAGAGCCUUGUGUGAGAUCCAGCCACCAAAUGAAAUCAGCCAAAGUCCCAGGAGCCUCAGUGAGAGGAUGCAUUGGAAAGCUUGUGAGUGGAGAGCAUUUGCUCUCCUCUAUUCUCCUGUAAUACUGAGGAAUGUUUUACCAGCAGUGUACUACAAGCACUGGAUGCUUCUUCCUUGUGCCCUUCACGUCCUCCUCUCCCAGUUUGCCACUCAGGAUGAGCUCAACUGUGCAGAGUUGUGUCUGGUUCAGUUUGUAGCACAGAUACCGUCUCUCUAUGGACUCGAGCAUUGUUCGUACGACUGCCAUUUGUUGACGCAUCUUACAGAAGGUGUCCGGAACUGGGGGCUUUUGUGGGCCAAUUCAGUGUUUGUUUUUCAAGACAUGAACAGCAGACUGUUGCAGAUGUACUCUGGUACGCAGUCAGUUUCAUUACAGAUUUUCAAGAAUUUCUUUUCAUAUGAGAAAAUAAUAAGACAAGGAAGUGCUACCCUUCAGGACGCCAGCACAGAAAUCAAAGACUUCUUCUGUUCCAUGACAAGUUGUGAUCGUUUUACAAAGUCAUUAAAUUACAUUGGAGAAGAUUUAGUGACUCUGGGAAGUGGCUCUCAGAGAGUUUUGACACCAAGAGAAAUUGCAGCAUUGCAGAAGAAUGAAACACUCUCGUGGUGCCAGCCACAUCGUGAAGGUGUAACCGAAUAUAAGCGUUGUGUUUAUAAGAACAUACUGGUUACUAGUUUGGAGUGCAGUGGCACAUUAAAAAGAAACAAUUCAGUAAUAGAGACGAGCAGUUGCUUUGCCGUGGUGGAGUCCUUGGUCGUUGUACCGAAACCCUGCAGCUGUGAAGGAAGCCCCGGCUGCUCCUGCAGAGAACUGGUCUUUUUCUGCAAGCAGCUGCAGCGACUAACCAGACAGCCAACUAUCCACAACACACAGAUCAACACAAACAUCGCCAAAUUUCUUGUAAAAGUGAGGAACUCAAAUGAACUGUGUGCAAUAACAUGCCAGGACAUUGUUUCUAAAUGUUUCAUGAUUGAACACGUGGGUCAGUUAUAUGUCAUGAGAAUGCCUGUGAUUGAGACACAUUAAAAGUCUGUCAUUUAUGAUUUAUGUCAGACCUCUCUGAGCUUGGGUUGGAAAUGCUCCAACCAACCUUCGUCAUUUUAAUAACCCCUGAUUAAAUCAAAGAAAUCAAGUAAAAAAUAAAUAAAUAUGUUUUCCAUGUUCCAACAACUGAUUUCCAACUGGUGUAUCAUCAUAAACCCACUGUGGGCAGUACUGAAACAUGCAACAAGCACAACUUGUGUAUUGCAUUGAUUAGGUUACUAUUGCACCAGCAGAAUAAAGUGAUUUAGUUAGUAUUUUAUCAUUACUUUUUUAUUUUGUGCAAUGCUUUACAUGUUGCUGUUAAAGUGUACCAGUCCCAUAUUUUGUAUGUAAAUUAGACACCACCAGUGAAGGUCCUUCAAUUUUACAUUUGUUUUGUAUAUAUCAGCUUUGAUUAAAAAGUUGAAACUUUCAAAAA